CCUGCAAAGCGCAGGCGCGAUCGUGCUUCCUACACCUCACCUUGUCUCUAAUUCAUAAGCCUGCCUGUCAAUUGAUACUAUCCGAGGGCGGCUCAGAGCCUACCAGCCAUCAUGCUCGCAGCUUUGGUCUCCUUGUCGGUCUUUCUGCUUUCGACCCCUAUUGCAGCAUCCUCCACCUUCGAGAAGAAAUGCCUUUCGUUUGAACCCGAGAACCUUGUCCCUGGAGCAAGCCGCCGCGUUCUUGAGUAUGUCGCUGCAAACACGACGCUAAAAUUCCCGGACAAUGUUGCUGCCUGCAAUCGUGGAUCUCAGGUUGUACCGGCCAACAUCUGCCGCGUGAGUCUGUCGAUCAAGACUUCUGAACAAUCGAACAUCACGUUCGAAGCUUGGUUGCCGGAGACGUGGUCGGGCCGCUUUCUCGCAACAGGGAACGGAGGUAUCGACGGAUGCAUCAAGUACGAAGACUUGGCCUACACCUCUUCCAACGGCUUUGCAGCUGUCGGCUCGAAUAACGGCAAGAACGGCACGGAUGGUUUGCCCUUCUUCAACAACGCCGAGACGGUGAUUGAUUUCGCUUGGAGAUCACUCCAUACAAGUGCUGAUGCCGGCAAGUCGCUCGCAAAGUCGUUCUAUGGCAAGUCACACUCGAAGUCUUACUAUCUAGGCUGCUCUUUAGGCGGACGACAGGGCAUAGGCAGCGCUGAGAAGUUUCCUGGUGACUUUGAUGGCAUUGUUGCAGGAGCACCAGCUGUUGACUUCAACGAUCUGGUGUCAUGGAGAGCCCGUUUCUUCACCAUCACUGGCGCCAUUGGCUCCCCGGAUUUCAUACCAGCAACGGCUUGGAAAACCUGGAUCCACGACGAGGUGCUGAGGCAGUGCGAUACAAUUGACAAAGCGAACGACGGUAUUAUCGAGGACCCAACCUUGUGCAAAUUCAACCCAUCGAAAUUGCUCUGCAAUGGGAAUUCUACCGCCGACUGUCUGAACAAUGCUCAAGUUGAGCAACUCAAGACAAUCUUCAGCGACUACAAAUAUCCAAACGGUCAACUGAUCUUCCCAGCCAUGCAACCAGGGAGCGAAGUUGGCGCGGUCGAACGACUGUACGCUGGAGCACCAUUUGUUUAUUCUGCGGACUGGUUCAAAUAUGUCGUCUACAACGACCCAUCUUGGAACGCAUCCACUUACGACUAUGAGGAUGCCCGAGCGGCAGCACGACUCAAUCCAGGUGACAUCAGAACCUACCCCACCAGCCUCCCGAGGUUCGAACGACGAGGAGGCAAGAUCCUGACGUACCACGGCCAGCAAGACAACCAGAUCACCACGUUCAACACGAUACGCUGGUACAACGACCUGAAGGGCUACCGGAGCACGGCAUCUAUGGACCGCUGGAUCCGGUUUUUCCGUGUCUCUGGGAUGAACCACUGCAACUCGGGGCCCGGUGCGUGGGUCCUGGGCCAGGGAGGCAAUGCGGCUGCGGCUGGCAUACCGUUCGAGAGGCAAAAGAACGUUCUCCGCGCGAUAGUGGACUGGGUCGAGCAGGGUGCGGCGCCGUCGCACAUCGAGGGUACCAAGUUCAUCAACGACACUGUGUCGCUUGGCGUCGACUUCACAAGGCGGCACUGCAAGUAUCCACAACGGAAUACGCUCGUUGGGAGCGACUUCAAGGACCCGGAAAGCUGGAAGUGCGUCUGAGGGUGACAUUGUAAGAUUCCCGAGUGAAGUAGAAAACCGCAGGCAGCAACGCCGCUAAACCUUGGGUGUUCGAUCACUGUGUCGAGGCUGGUAGCCAACCGUUCAUCAAACCCCACACGGCGUUGUCUAUUGGGAGAACGGUAUAUGUCACUUUAUAGCUAUUAAUACAAGAGCCAAAUACAACGCCUGGUCCCAGAUCGGCACUAAAAUCUCACG